AUGCACCGCUCGUCGGAGGAGACGGACGAAAUACUGGCCUCGGUGACGGCUGAGCCCGGUCAGACAGCCAGCGCCAUCCUCGAGUUGCCCAAGUCCAUUCCCACCUCGUCACCAGACUCCAUAUCCUCCUGGUUUGGCGUCUACCUGUGCAUAGCAACUCCUCUGGUAACCGAGGCCGAGGUCGCGCGCCUCGACAACUUGGCCAGCGGCGAGACUCGACUGUCCGUCAAUGUGACCGAACUGCAAGCGCGAAAUGUGGCCGUGCAACGAGUCGUCGUCGCUCCUGACGGUAAGUGCCGCCAUUUUUGGCAGAACACAAUUCGCAGACACGACUUCCGAAGUGGGUUGACCUCGUUGUCGCAACUUGGUCUGGUUGUCAGGGCGACUGAGUAG